CCGGUGUCUAUCCUGCUGCUGAAAGAGCAGGCUCAGAUCCCAUAGCUGCGGAAGUCUUGAAGGACUACGCCGCAGCUUGUGCAGUAGCAGCCAGAGCCACGAAGUCUCCCUGUCCGUAGCUUCCUCCUUGCCUCCAAAAGGAGCAGAGCUUCCCGACGCGGCAUCAUGAACUUCAUCUUUAAAAGCAAGCAGCGCACGCCAGCCGAGCUGGUCAAGCACCUGCGCGACACGAUCGCGCGCCUCGACAAUGGCUCGUCAUCCAAUGCCAACAACAACUCUUCGUCCAACGGCAACGACGCGGCGUUAGCGUCCUCGUCCGCCGGCGGGCCGUCGCAUUCCAAUGGCGCAAACGGCGGCGCAGCCACGCAAGGGAGUGGAGGCGGCGGGAGCAGCGACAGCCGCCGCAAGGCGUCCGAGGACAUCAGCAAGACGCUCUUCCAGAUGAAAGCCAUCCUCUAUGGCGACGGCGAGAACAACGAGCCACAGCCGGAGAUGGUUGCGCAACUAGCGCAAGAGGUGUACAACCACAACAUGCUCCAGCUGCUCGUGCAGAACAUCUGGCGCUUCGAGUUUGAGGCUAAGAAGGACGUUUCUCAGAUCUUCAACAACCUGCUACGCAGGCAAAUAGGCUCACGCCUCCCCACCGUCGAGUACCUCUCCCAAAAGCCCGAGAUCAUCUUCAUCGCGCUGCGUGGAUACGAGAACGCCGACGUCGCCCUCAACACGGGCAUCAUUCUCCGCGAGAUGCUGAGGCAUGAGCCGCUCGCGAAGAUCCUGCUCCAUUCAGAUAAGUGAGUU